UAUCGAAUAAUUCGUUGCUUGAAGUAAUCAUAUACAUACACAUAUAUGUAUGACGAAAUAUCAAAGACGCUGUAUGUCUCACAAUACCAGCAAAUUCUUCUCAUCGAUAUUUAUUCCGAGCGAUUCACUCGAACGAUAUAAAUGUCAUCUGUCGCUCGAAGCGAUUAGAAAUCAUAUAUCUUUAUGAGAAUUCAUUUAACAUUCUAACGAACGAUUAAAAUGAGUACGAAACAUUUAAGUACCGGAUCAGUCGCACCACCCAUUGUACCUGGAAAAAUACGUUUGUAUAGCAUGCGUUUUUGUCCAUAUGCGCAAAGAAUACAUCUUGUUUUAGAUGCCAAGAAAAUUCCAUACGACGUUGUUUAUAUUAAUUUAACCCAAAAACCAGAAUGGUUCUUAGAGAAAAAUCCUUUUGGAAAAGUUCCUUGUAUAGAAUUAGAAGGAGGAGAAGUAUUAUAUGAAAGUCUUAUAAUAGCAGAAUAUCUAGACGAAGCUUAUCCACAAAAUAAAUUGUGUUCAUUGAGUCCUUUUGCUAAAGCUAAGGAUAAAUUGUUGAUUGAAAGAUUUAAUGGAGUUAUUACCAAUAUGUACAAGCUGUAUGCUGGAACAUCAGUAGAUCGUGAUUUAUAUAAUGAAGCUCUAUCUAGUUUGGAGUAUUUUGAUAGAGAACUUGUUAAAAGAAGAACUCCAUUCUUUGGAGGUACUUCGCCUGGCAUGUUAGAUUUAAUGAUCUGGCCAUGGUGCGAAAGAGCAGAUAUUAUUCGGAUUUUGCGUGGAGAUGAAUUUAUAAUAUCUCGAGAACGUUUUCUAAGACUGUUCGAGUGGAGAAAUGCAAUGAAAGAGGAUCCUGCGAUUAAAAACAGUUAUUUGGAUGCUGAAAUACAUUCCAAAUAUGUGCGUAGUCGACUUGCUGGAAUACCUCAAUAUGAUUUGCUGCUUAAUCUUUAACUAAAAUAUGUGAUUCUAAAAGCCUCUAAAACUUACCUCAUUAAUGUUUGAAUAAUAACAUUAUAACUUAAUAAUUGUUUAUACAUGUUUAUGUACAAAUAACUAAUUUAAAGAUGAUAAAAAAUUUGUUCAAUACUAUAUUGAACUAUGAUUCUGCAUUUAUAUAAUAUAUAAAUAAAAGAUUAUCACAUUUCCAAUGCUUAAAAUAAAGCAAUCUGCUUUGAUAUUUUAUUAAUAUUACAAUUUUUUUUGUCAUGUGUGUAUAUGUAUAUAUAAAUAUAAAUAACUAAAUGUAUAUCGAUGUUGUAUAGUCAUGUAACAAACAUCGUUGAUUAUUUCACCUAAUAUACUCAAAUACUAUUGAAAUACUUUGAUAUUAUUAAUAUUAUUUGUACAAAAUGUAAAAGCAUAUUGUAACAUAUUCAUAUUUGAUCUUUGUUUCUAAUAAAAAAUAAGUGUAAUUCUGUAAUACAAAAAUAGUAAAAUAUGGAAUGACAUCGAUAAUACUUAGAACACAUUAUAUAGUUCCCUACAGUGUAUGUACAAAAUGUUUAGAAAUCUCUCUUGUAUUAAACAUACAAUACAAACCAUAAAUUAAAAAACAGAUAAAAAUUAUA